UCGGCCACCAUACCACGCAUUACAUUUCUACACCCCUCCCCAAAUCCAGCUGCAGCUGAGCCCCUCUGACCUUCCCGUUUCUGCCUCUCCUCCCUGCAGCUGCCUUGCAAGCCACCCGGGCGCUGAUGGUCCUCUCCAUCGUCCUGGGCGUGAUCGCCAUUGGCAUCGCCACCAUGGGCAUGAAAUGUACCCACUGCGGAGAUGACAACAAGGCCACCAAGGCCCGCAUCGCCAUGACGGGCGGCAUCAUAUUCCUAGUGGCGGGUUUGUGUUCUCUGGUCGCUUGUUCCUGGAGUGCACACCAGAUCAUACAAGAUUUUUACAACCCCCUGUCCCCCUUGAAUAAAAGGUACGAAUUUGGCCCUGCCAUCUUCCUUGGCUGGGCAGGUGCCGCCUUGUCGCUGCUUGGCGGCGGGAUGCUGUCUUGCUCGUGUCCGGGAGAUUCCUCCGGAUAUAAGAACCGCCAGUAUCCUGCGGGGAAGCCCAUCUCCAAACCCCCCAGUAGCCGAGAAUAUGUCUAGAUGCCCCAGGCCACUGCCAAGACCCGUGGGCCGCUGAGCCUGGAACAGCCUGGAUUUUGCUGCCCAUUUGGGUAUUUUUAGACUUUUAAAUUCCCCUCUCGUGGAGUCCUCCCCCCUUUUUAACCUGUUUUAUUAUUCCUUCGAUCGAAUGAGUUGAUUAUAUUUUAUUUUUGAAAUGGGGAUCCUAUUUUAAGUAGAGAUAUUUUAAUGUUUUCAUUGGGGAUCUGCCCUGAAGGGAGGAGUUAAUUCCCUUGGUGCAUUUUUUCUCGGGCUGCCCGAGGAAGGAUUGGAGAUGCAAGACUCCCGUUAAAUCCAUUGGACCCAGGGGAUUAUGGGGUUUGGAGUCCAGGGCAUUCGGAGGCAAUGAGAUUGAGGAAUAGCGCCAUAGAAAGGUUUCCUGGGUGGGACCCCCUCACCCUUUUAAUAAACUGAUCCAUCGGGAGAAGAUAGCCUCUGGGUGGCCCUAAACGAAGGUCGGGUUGAUCUAAAGAAAGCCCCCAACCAUUGGGGGCAGUUCCCCCCUCCCCCAAAAAACCUUGGCAUUUGGGAUCUCUGCUACUUUUGACCCCCUAGAAUUCAUACACUGGCAGAUGUUGACAAGACUGGCAUCUUUGGGGGCAGGGAAAUUUGACUCUCCCAACCAUACCCAGGUCAGGGGUGGGAUUCAAACAUCCCAGCAACCAGUUCGCUGCCUGGUUGCUGGGUGGGUGUGGCCACAGUGGGCGUGGCCUACUGGUACUUCUGGUUUGGCCAUUUUUUGCCUUCCCCACAGUCCGGAGGCUUCCCUCGGGCUUCCGGGAAGGCGAAAAUGGCCUCCCUUGGCUUCUGGAGGCUCACCAGAAGCCAGAAACGGGACCGUUUCCAGACUUCUGAAAGGCCCGUUCCUCCCCGAGCGUCCGUGCACUUACCUGCAUCAACAAUGGGCCGUGUGAAGGCUGCUGGGAGCAGCGGGGCUGGGCGGGGCCAGCCGGUUGGUUCAAAUACUGGUUUGGCGAAUCAGAUACAAAUUUAACAACCGGUUCAUCCAAACCAGUCCAAACCGGUCUAAAUCCCACCCCCUUCUCCAUGGGGCAGCCCAGCCGAAAACUCCUAUAACUAACUCUUGGGAAGGCUGGUUGGAGACUUCAAACAUUGCUUGGGUUGUGUGAAUAUGUACAUUGAUUCCCUGGGGAAACCUUGGGUUAAGCGAAGGGCCAUUUUGAUUUCGAGCCUAUCCCUCAAAAAUACGGAUCGUUUUUACCCCCGCCCUUUAAAUCUUCCCAACAAAUAUGUUCCUGGCUUUGAUUGCAAAAUCAUAUUUUGGAGAAGAAGAAAAAAUUACCUUGAGUUACAUUUGCUUGCUUGGAUAGAUUUUUUUUUUUUUUGUGAGGGGGGAAGGGAGCAGUUUGGAGGGGCGAAUGCAAAUUGGAAUUAGGAAAGAAGGGAUCCUCAAAGUAAAACCUAGCCUUAUUUAAAACACUCAUCCCUUCGGGUGCUGUGUGCGUUUUGUGUAUUUUUUUUU